GCACCAGGCGGACUGCUUUCUGGAGAUUUCAUGUGAGAAACGGACCUCAAACUCAUUUCCCCUCAUCUUGCGCAUGUGACUGUAUUUUUGGGCCGCUUCAUCCUUUUUUUCCCCCCUACACAAUAGAACAACGAAGACAUUCAAAGUGCAAGAGAAUGACAAAAGAUUUUUAGGAUGCUGGACUUGUGUUCCUCUUUUUCUACUUAAACGCGGUGAAUGCGUCGGGCAGAGUGGACGAGCUUGCUGGACCGCAUUUAGAAAGUCACCAUCGAGUGGUUUUGUUUUUCUUUUCUUUUUUUUUUUCGUUUUUGACUCCAGAAAGGAUGUAACGACCGAUCCGCCUCGUGCGGCAGAAGCAUCCUCAUCAAGAUGCAGAAGGGAAUACGACUUAAUGAUGGUCAUGUCACCUAUCUGGGGCUUUUGGCAAAGAAGGAUGGUACAAGACGGGGAUGCUUGAGCAAAAAGAGCUCAGACAACACGAAAUGGCAUACAAAGUGGUUUGCUUUGUUACAAAAUAUGCUUUUUUAUUUUGAAAACGAGUCCAGUUCUCGACCCUCUGGAUUAUACCUGUUGGAGGGAUGCAUAUGCGACAGGGCGCCUUCACCGAAACCGUCACUGUCAGCGAAGGAGUGUUUGGAAAAGCAGUAUUAUUUCACAAUCAACUUCACCCAUGAAAAUCAGAAGUCACUCGAGCUGCGCACAGAAGAUGUUAAAGACUCCGAUGAAUGGGUGGCUGCAAUAUCACAUGCCAGUUACAGAAACUUGGCUACUGAGCAUGAGACUCUCAUGCAGAAGUAUCUUCAUCUGCUUCAGAUCGUGGAGACAGAGAAAACAGUUGCUAAGCAACUUCGACAACAGAUAGAAGAUGGGGAAAUAGAGAUUGAAAGGCUGAAGUCAGAGAUCUCUGGGCUGCUCAAAGACAACGAGAAGAUCCACGCCAGCCCAGCAGCCGCCCCUACUGACGAUGACUCAGAAAUCAAGAAGAUCAAAAAGGUCCAGAGCUUUCUGCGAGGCUGGAUUUGCAGGAGGAAGUGGAAGACUAUCAUCCAGGAUUACAUCCGGUCGCCUCAUGCAGAGAGCAUGAGGAAGAGGAACCAAGUGGUGUUCAGCAUGUUGGAUUCAGAGGCAGAGUAUGUCGCGCAGCUUCAUGUUUUGGUGAACAACUUCCUGAGGCCACUACGCAUGGCUGCCAGCUCCAAGAAGCCCCCCAUCACCCACGAUGAUGUCAGCAGCAUAUUCCUCAACAGUGAAACUAUCAUGUUCCUACAUCAGAUAUUCUACCAGGGUCUGAAGGCCAGGAUUGCCAGUUGGCCAACUUUAGUGCUGGCUGACCUCUUUGACAUCUUACUACCCAUGCUGAACAUCUACCAAGAGUUUGUGAGGAACCACCAAUACAGCCUGCAGAUCCUGGCUCACUGCAAGCAGAACCGGGACUUUGAUAAGAUACUGAAGCAGUAUGAGGCCAAGCCUGACUGUGAGGAGAGGACUCUAGAGACCUUCCUCACCUACCCCAUGUUCCAGAUUCCCCGCUACAUCCUUACUCUCCACGAGCUUCUGGCCCACACGCCUCAUGAACAUAUCGAGAGGAACAGCCUGGACUAUGCCAAAUCUAAGCUGGAGGAGCUUUCCAGAAUAAUGCACGACGAGGUGAGCGAGACCGAGAACAUCAGGAAGAACUUAGCCAUAGAGCGCAUGAUCAUCGAGGGCUGUGAAGUCCUCCUCGACACCAGCCAGACGUUUGUGAGACAAGGGUCUCUGAUCCAGGUGCCAAUGAGCGAGAAAGGCAAGAUCACCCGAGGGCGACUGGGCUCUCUUUCUCUAAAGAAGGAGGGAGAGAGGCAGUGCUUUCUCUUCUCCAAGCAUUUAAUCAUCUGCACCAGGGGUUCCGGAGGAAAGCUUCAUCUCACCAAGAACGGUGUCGUCUCGCUCAUAGACUGCACUCUCAUGGAGGACCCUGAGGGGACGGAUGAUGAGUGUGAGAAUUUAAUUCAUAUUCUGGCUUGCAGCAAAAUGCAUUCUAAAUCAGACAAGACUGGCCAGGACAUGGAGCACCUGGACUUCAAGAUUGUUGUGGAGCCAAAAGACAGCCAGUCGUUCACAGUCAUCCUGGUGGCUUCCUCCAGGCAGGAGAAGUCUGCAUGGACCAGUGACAUCAGCCAGUGCAUAGAUAAUAUCCGCUGCAAUGGCCUGAUGAUGAACGCCUUUGAAGACAAUUCCAAAGUCACAGUGCCACAGAUGAUCAAGUCAGAUUCAAGUCUGUACUGCGAUGAUGUUGAUAUCCGCUUCAGUAAGAUGAUGAACUCCUGCAAGGUGCUGCAGAUCCGUUAUGCAAGUGUUGAGCGCCUGCUGGAAAGGCUGACUGAUCUCCGUUUCCUUUCAAUCGACUUCCUCAACACUUUCCUGCACUCUUAUCGUGUGUUCACCACUGCUAAUGUGGUGCUUGAUAAACUCAUCACAAUCUACAAAAAGCCCAUCAGCGCCAUCCCCGCUCGGUCCCUGGAGUUAUUCUUUGCCAGCAGUCAGAACAGUAAAUUCCUUUAUGGAGAGACUCCCAGCUCCCCCAGGGUGAACAGAAAGUUCUCCUCCCCUCCACCUCUUGCUAUUGCCAAGAACUCAUCCCCCAAUCGCCGCCGCAAGCUUUCCCUCAAUAUCCCCAUCAUCACUGGGGGCAAAGCCCUUGACCUGGCUGCCCUCAGCUGCUCCUCAAAUGGCUAUGCAAGCAUGUAUUCGUCCAUGUCCCCAUUCAGCAAGACCACCUUGGACAUCAACAAACUGUACGUGUCUAGCCCGAUCACGAGCAAAAUCUCUGACGAGGGAGAGGAUAAGAAGGACAAAGCAGAGGACACGUCAGUGUGCAAACAAGAUCUCUCUGUUCGAGAAGAAAGCGACAAUGACCAAAACCAGAGCGACGAUGGAGACCAAGAGGCGUCUCCCACCAAGUCUCCAACCACACCAAAAAGCGUCAAAGGCAAAAACUCCUCAGAGUUUUCCCUGUUUUCAUAUAACAACGGCACAGUCAUGUCCUCGUGCCGAGAGCUUGACAGCAACCGCAGCGCUCUGUCUGCAGCCUCCGCCUUUGCCAUCGCCACAGCUGGAGCCAACGAGGGCACACCUACCAAGGAAAAAUAUCGACGGAUGUCCCUUAGCACAGGUUUUCCAACAGAUCAAAGAAAUGGAGACAAAGAGUUUGUGAUCAGACGAGCUGCAACCAACAGAGUCUUAAAUGUGUUGAGACACUGGGUGUCCAAACACUCUCCGGACUUUGAGAGUAACAAUGAACUUAAAACGAAAGUCAUUGUCUUCCUUGAGGAAGUGAUGCAUGACCCUGAGCUUCUGACCCAGGAGAGGAAGGCUGCAGCCAACAUCAUCAGGACUUUAACUCAAGAAGAUCACGGUGACAACCAGAUCGCCAUAGAAGAUGUGACACAACUGGUUGGAGGCGGGAAGGCCGAUUCCUUUGAGAACCACUCUGCGAUGGAAAUUGCGGAGCAGCUCACUUUGCUGGAUCACCUGGUCUUCAAGGUCAUCCCAUAUGAGGAAUUCUUUGGUCAGGGCUGGAUGAAGAACGACAAAAAUGAGAAGACACCGUACAUCAUGACAACAACAAAGCACUUCAAUGAUAUGAGCAACUUGAUUGCCACAGAGAUCCUGCGGUGUGAAGACAUGGUCACUCGGGUGGCAGUCCUGGAGAAGUGGGUGGCUGUGGCCGACAUCUGUCGCUGCUUGCACAACUACAAUGCAGUGCUAGAGAUCACCUCCUCUCUCAACCGCAGCUCCGUUUUCCGCCUCAAGAAAACCUGGCUCAAGGUUUCCAAGCAGACAAAAGCUUUGAUUGACAAGCUCCAAAAGCUGGUGUCAUCAGAGGGGAGGUUCAAAAACCUGAGGGAGGCUUUGAAGAACUGUGACCCCCCCUGUGUGCCCUACUUGGGGAUGUACCUCACUGAUCUGGCUUUCAUUGAGGAGGGAACACCAAACUACACAGAAGACAACUUGGUUAACUUCUCCAAGAUGAGGAUGAUUUCUCACAUCAUCAGAGAGAUCAGGCAGUUCCAACAAACAGCAUAUAAGAUUGAGUUGCAACCAAAGGUAGCCCAGUAUCUUCUGGACAAGAGCUUUGUUCUGGAUGAAGAAAGCAUGUAUGAAGCAUCACUCACAAUUGAGCCUAAAGUGCCCAACUGAUGGGAAAGGUGGUCCUCCACACUCUUUUUCCCCUGAAAAUAUCCCUCACAAGAUAACAUACCCAUUGACAUUUGUAUAUCUGUACAUGUUUAAGAUAUUUGCUCUUCUGUACAGUAGAUGUUUAAGGUUGUUUGAUGAUGAAGCAUUUUACUGUUUUUUUAUUGUUGCCAUGACAACAUCUGCAGAAAGGAAUAAUAGAGGUCACUCUAGUUGCAUGCAACUGUGUCCUAUUAGUGACCAAUGACAUUAUUUUAAAUGAUGUAAUACUGUCUAAUUUGCACUUUCUGAGCACUUGUGCUGCUGUUCUCUUGGCUUGAGUUAUAUUGAUCGUUUGAAUUCUCUGCAACCAAUGUAGCAUUGUAUAAAUUAUCUGCAUAAAAUCAGGUAAAAGAGCACAGACUAAGUAGGCCAGCUGUAUUUUAAAAGAGGGAACAAUGAUCAUUGGGAAUGACAGCGAGGUGUCUCUGCGUUUCCCAAACCAAAUGAAAAGGGAUGCGUUCUUUCAUUUCUGAUCACCCAACUGUUUUACACCAGUUUUACUUUUUUAUUAUGACAAUAAUGUUUACUGUGAAGUAGCCAAAAUGGGAAAGAAUGCAAAGCAUCAUAUCGAUUUGUGUUUUUAUUGGCUUGUGUUGUUCUAAAGCUGUCCACCUGCUCCACCUCUGCGCCACUGAUGGAGAUGGAGGUGUCAAUCUUUGUCCCUUUUCUUGUAAAAUAAUAAAUGAGCUCUCCGGGUUUGAUGACACUGGGAAAGGUUUUGUUGAGCACCACACUGCAUGAUUUGUUAAUUUUGCUCUCAAAACGAAAUAACUUCCUAAUCCAAAAUAAGAUAGUGUCAGCGAUAUAUGUUCGGGUAUGCAGCGAUGCAGCCUGGCCAGCCAGGCCCAUUCUCUCUCGUGAAAUGGGUCCCCUCCCAUUCACAGCUGUGUCCAACGGCACAGAAUGCACCAAAGUAAUCACAACAGGGAAGGACGGGCUUUGAUGCCUCUCCAGUCACAUUCAUAGGCAGCUUGUUCUGUGUCCCUUGGUGCCGGUACCUGGAAAUCAAAGCCGAAUCCAGAGGAACCAGGCUAAGUCUUUGUACCGAAGAGGAGAUGGAACAGGGUGGCUGGCUGGGCGGAGGGAACAGGAGAGGAGUUAUCAUUUUGGCUCGGAGGGCUCCAGUAGUGUUAAGCACCAAUGUGACAUGCCUGAAGUGUGUUUGUGAGAGUCCAAUAAUGUGGUACUUAAUUGAUUUAAAUCUAAAAAAAAAAGGCACAUUAAAUGAAAUAUGAAAGCCUUUUUAGCUUUUGUUCCUUUUCUUUCUCUGUUUUUACAUCAACCAAUAACUGAGCUACUGCCCAGUUAGGAUGCUAAACCUGUGACCUGAGGUAAAGCUUUUCAUUCACCUAAACGUGACAAAUCUUGAAGUGUAUUUGAAAUGAAUAUUAUUAAUUGUAUUGCCUGUUGACACAUGAGGUGCCUAAAAUUCCCGUAUACAAUUAUUUUCAAAUCAUAAAACCAGCGGACAAUUUACAGUGAAAAAGAAGCAUUGAUUCUUACAAACAGGUAUGAUUUAAGGUGCCAGAUCCACCAUCUGAAUUAUUUGUUCCACUUUGAGUACACCGCCACAAUGAAAUGAGUUUCACUGAGCUUGAAUUUCUUGUUUGUUUGUUUUUUAACUCAUAAAAAAAAAUUACAAGAUGCGGUUUUGAGUAUUGUACCUUCAGGUUUGGGUUCUGGAAAAUAAAAGGUUGUUGCUCUUCUGUAAUUAAACGACAAUCUGUCCUUUUUGCUGUUCCAGUGAUCGUGGAACGUGACUGUAUAUCAUUCUGUUAUAUGCAUUGCUGUUUAAAACUACGAUAAAAUGUAUGUGAAUGCCCUCUGCCUGCAGCAUUCAAACACUAUUUUUGUAGUAGUAUCAGAGAGAGUGACCCGCUCUUUAUAUGAACAUGGGAGCAUAUUUUGUACUUUGUUGUCACUUCACUUCACUGAGAUGUGCUGUGCAAUUUGUACAUGCAACAUGGCAUAUUUCUCAGCGUGAAACAGUGUAAUCCUUUCAAAAACAAGUUGUAUCUCAAGCUUAACACAAAAUGCUACAACAGUGUGGUCUUGACACCAUGAUUUAGACGUAGGACGCAACUUCAAAGUGUUUUGCAUUUAUACUGUAAUCCUGUCUAUAAUCAUUUCUGUUAGCAGGAAUAUAGUUAUGUAGUGCUUAUUCUGUGAAUAUUUGUAUGUAUUUUUACUAUGUAUGUACAGUACACUUUUGAAGCUCAUGUGGUAGGCAUGCAACACCUUCACAGACAGACUAAUUCUACUUAUACUGUAUACACUUAUACAUGCACUCUUAUAAGGUAUUUAAACAAAUAAACAUUUUGCUGUUAGCAAUACCCAGUGGUAUGAAAAUUAUCUUUCAACCCUCAUGUUUCCACAGCUUAACAAGUAUUCCCAGUUUUGUAAUAAUAAUUCAAAAAGCAAGAGAAGAGCAAAGACAUGAAGAUGAAAAUAAGUCUACAAAAAUAUGUUU